AAAAAGUAUCAGGAGUUGUCAAGGCAGAGAGAGAGAGUGUGUGUGUUUGCAAAAGGGGGUAAAGUAGUUUGCUGGCUCUUUAAGACCGAGGUGGAGAGAGAGAGAGAGAGAGAAAGAGAGAGAGAGAGAGAGAGAGCGCGGCAGGCAGAGAAAAGGGAAAAAGGAGGAAGAAGUUUUUUAAAAUCAAGACUCCGGCGGUAAUAAUAGCAGUUAUUAGCAUUAUUAAUCCAUCAGCGAAGAAGAAGAUCCUGAUCUUGAUCCAAGUGUGGUUUUGGGGAGUCCCCCUCCCCCCUUUCCUACCCCUCCCUAGGAAAAAAAAAAAAAAGUCCGGCUUGGGACUCCGCUGCGGCUGCUCCUCGUUUCUCUGCUCAAGGCUGGUUCCAGCAAAAGUAGUUUGAAUGUACAACAUGAUGGAAACCGAGCUGAAACCUCCCGCCCCCCAGCAAACUUCGGGGGGAGGCACAGGCAACUCCAACUCGGCCGCCAACAACCAGAAGAACAGCCCGGACCGGGUCAAGCGCCCGAUGAACGCGUUCAUGGUGUGGUCCCGCGGGCAGCGGCGGAAAAUGGCCCAGGAGAACCCGAAGAUGCACAACUCCGAGAUCAGCAAGCGGCUCGGGGCGGAGUGGAAACUUUUAUCCGAGGCGGAAAAGAGACCCUUCAUUGAUGAAGCCAAGCGGCUCAGAGCUCUGCACAUGAAGGAGCACCCGGAUUAUAAAUACCGACCCCGGAGGAAAACCAAGACCCUCAUGAAGAAGGAUAAGUACACGUUGCCGGGGGGCUUACUGGCACCGGGCACCAAUACCAUGACGACUGGGGUAGGGGUUGGGGCCACCUUGGGAGCUGGGGUGAACCAGAGGAUGGACAGUUACGCGCACAUGAACGGCUGGACCAACGGAGGCUAUGGGAUGAUGCAAGAGCAGCUCGGCUACCCGCAGCACCCGGGCUUGAACGCGCACAACGCGGCGCAGAUGCAGCCCAUGCACCGCUACGACGUGAGCGCCCUGCAGUACAACUCCAUGACCAGCUCGCAGACUUACAUGAACGGAUCGCCUACCUACAGCAUGUCCUACUCCCAGCAAGGGACCCCGGGCAUGGCCCUGGGCUCCAUGGGCUCGGUGGUCAAGACGGAAUCCAGCUCCAGUCCCCCCGUAGUCACUUCCUCGUCUCAUUCAAGGGCUCCUUGCCAAGCUGGGGACCUUCGGGACAUGAUCAGCAUGUAUCUACCAGGUGCUGAAGUACCAGAACCAGCUGCCCCAAGCAGACUUCAUAUGUCCCAACACUACCAGAGUGCACCUGUUCCUGGCACAGCCAUUAAUGGCACACUCCCUCUAUCACAUAUGUAAGACAAAGGGGCCGGGGGGGUGGGAGGGGAGGGAAAGGAAAACUAAACAAAACAAACAACAAAAAAACUUUUAUUAGAAAUUCUGGACUUUUUUUUUUUUUUGGACUAUUUUUGUACAGAGAAAACUCCGGAAGGGGGGUGGGG